CCGCUCGAUGCUCAGUGUGUAAAGCAAACUUGGAGAUCGUGGGAGCGGUGUAUAGGAAGCUGAGAGACCCUGGCAGACCUCACUCAGUAGGUUGAACAAUUCAUCCCGAUUUCAGUGCUUGGGGAGGCUCAAUCAAGCAUACCAUCAUGGCAACUGAGUUGCUUAGCAAUAAAGAAAUGGGGAGCAGUACCUACACUUACUCCAGCCAUCCUCGGGUUGUGCAAAACCGCAAGAAAUAUAGGACACUUGAACUACCAGUAAACAACGAAACCUACAGUUAUGGUAAUAUUAUGUAUGACCGAAGGGUGGUACGUGGCAAUACCUAUGCUCAGCAUAUUUUACCUGUGUCUGCACAACCAGACCCUGUGGAGCUUCAGAGACAGCAAGAAUCCCAUCGACGAGCUUUGGCAAAGAAACGAGCCAAGGAAUUGCUGAGAGCCAGAUCACCAGAGCCUGUAGAGGGCCGCAAACACAUUGAUGUACAAACUGAGUUAUACUUAGAAGAACUCAGUGAUCGGAUUGAGGAAAAGGACAUGGAAUGCCAAACAGAUGCCUUUUUGGACAGACCUCCCACACCUCUCUUCAUACCUGCAAAAACUGGUGCUGAUGUUGCUACCCAGAUUCUGGAAGGAGAACUUUUUGACUUUGACCUUGAGGUAAAGCCAAUGCUGGAGGUUUUGAUUGGGAAGACAAUUGAGCAGGCUCUCCUGGAAGUAAUGGAAGAAGAGGAACUGGCAACGCUGAGAGAGCAACAAUGUGCCUUUGAAGAGCUUCGUAACGCUGAGCUUGCUGAGGUGCAGAGGCUGGAAGAGCAAGAGAGACGGCACAGAGAGGAAAAGGAAAGGCGCAUGAAACAGCAACGUGAAAUGCUUCUCAAGGAGAAGGAAACUGCAGAGAAAGUUGCAGCACGUGCAUUUGCACAACAGUAUCUUGCUGAUCUUGUUCCUUCUGUUUUCAGCAGCCUUAGGGAUAAUGGUUAUUUUUACGACUCUGUAGAAAGAGAUGUUGAAACCGUAUUCAUGCCGUGGUUGAUGGAAGAGGUGGAGAAAAACCUUCAGAAGAAUAACUUGGGAAGAACAAUGCUUGACUUGUUAAUACGAGAAGUUGUGGAAAAGCAUAUUGAUGACUUCAGCAAAAUGGAAUCCCAAGAUAAAGCACCAUUGGACAUUGCGCCACAAGCAAGUGGAACAUCAGACUAAAACAGCUUUCUUUACAAGUCUCAUCAAACAGUAUAAGCAAUAUAAAGCUGUAUGCUGUAUAAGUAAACAAUAUAAAGAAUACUUUGGAGAACAAGAAACAUGAUUCCAUCAGCAGACUUUUACAAUCAGUUAUUUUAUAGAAUUAUUACUAUGGCAUGUGUUAUGACUAUGGCAUAUGAGUUUAUGCUAUAUUGCACUAUGCAUUUACUAUAGCUUUGUCCAAUUAUCUAUUUAUUCUGGGUAGAGAGUUUCAGUGGUUUAUUUAGGGAUUUAUGGUUUGUUGAAUUGUCAAUAAAACAAAUUUACACUAAAUCAUA